AUGAAAUCAUUAAAUAUCCUUAAAUUUUCCGUUGUGCUUAUAAGCUUAUUGAUAAACUUAAGCUCAGCACAAAACGGCGCUAAUUUCGGAGGGCUAGAUGUGAGCCAAAGUUGUCUAAGCACCAUUCAAUCACUUCUCGGCGACCAACAAUUAACCGCAUGUUUUCCUUUCCUAUCCUUCGCCCAAUACUUAUACCCUAGCGCUGGCGCUGGAAGCAAUUCGACAGAUGAUAUAUAUACAUCACAAGUAAACAGUCUCUGUGCAAUGCCAAAAUGUAGCGCCCAAGUUGUAAAUAACACGUUGACAAAAGUCAUCAAUGGAUGUGCUAGCGAUCUAGCAAAUCAAAAUACGAUCGCGAAUUCCAUGAAAGGGUUCAUUUCGAUUUAUUCGCCAUAUCGUGAUGCCUUAUGUUUAAAGAAUUCGACCACUGGUAACUACUGCGUGAUUGAAACCAAGAACGCGAUUAUGAAUUACACAGCAACGGCAAAUCCAGUAAUGAAUUAUAAAAAUUAUCAAAAUGCGUCAGAUGUUAUAAACAAUAUUCCUAGUGAAAUGCUGUGCACAAAUUGUAAUAAGGGUUUCAUGACGAUAUUCUUGAAUUUCGAGAAAAAUAAUACUGAUCUAUUCAAUAAUCAGUACCUCGCACCGCUUACCCGCGAAGAACCUGCUAUCAAAGAUGCUUUGGCUAAUAAAUGCGGUGAAUCAUUUUUGGAGGGAUCAAUGUCAAUGUUGAAUACGUCUCCUAAUGGUACCGUUUCAGUACCUGAAAGUUUGAACUCUAAUUCAACUAGUGCUGCCGCUCCUUUUGGUGGCGUAAGAAGCAGCUACUUGGUCGGAAUUGUUUCAUUGGUUGUUUCACUUUCCUUGUUUUAA